AUUCAAUAAAGCAAGACACAUCUCUUAUAACAUCCAGCAGAAAACUCGGUUUGCUGUUUGGAACACAGAUUUCCUCAGAACAUAAUCGAGGUAAAAUCAGAGCCAAGGAAGUUACUGUCUAUCUGACAGAUCCUAACAAACUCAUUGAUCCAGGAAGAAGAGAGGAUCCUUUGCUGAAGCUCUUGAAGAAGCAAUAAAACCAGAGUCAAGACAGAGAGAUUUGUUUAAACUUUUGUUUGAAGUUUGAACUGUGUACAAAACCAGCCUUCUGAUGGAAAUGGUAAAAAAGUGGGGAGAAACCCUUUAGAUUAUAUAAGUAAGGAUUUGUUGUUGUUUUUAUGGCGUUGACCGUUUAGAGAAAACUAAAAGAAAGAUUGGAAAGAGAUUUGUUAUUUAAAAAUCACUGUAGUUGUUGGCCAGCAGCUGAUAUCAAACUAGCAACACAAGAAACUGAUUUAGAUUCAAGCAGAAGACGUUGCAGGGGUUAAGAUGAAGAGAAUUAUGAUGAGUGACGAGAGCUCUGAAGAGCAUUCGAGCGAAUACAUUCUGAUCCCUUUCUUUAAAAUGUAUGGUAAUAUAUCUGACUCUGAUGUUGAUCCAAAUUCAACUGACGAGUCAACCUAUAAAUUAGUCAACGGAUGUCCUUCGUAUUCUGACGUAAGGAUAAGAAAAUCGUAUGUCAUGUCAUACAACAAUAAAACCAAGAACGCUGAAUGGGUGUAUGAGAUACUGAACAAAGACACUCUGAAGGAAAAUUGUAAGGCGCACGGGAGCUUUGGAAGGAAUGAAUUUGAGGAGAAAGACUAUGUACAAGGUCAUCUUGCUGCGGCGGCCAAUCACAGGUGGUGUCAGGAAGCCUAUCAUGACACUUUUUUGAUCAGCAACAUGGUACCACAGAAAAAAGACUUAAACAAUGGCGACUGGAAAACUAUUGAGAAUUACAGUCGAGAAAAAGCUAUGAAUGAUGAGGUCUGUAAUGUCCAUGUGUACUCUGGUCCACUUUACCUGAAAGGGAAAAAAAAUAAAGAGGGUACUAAGGUGGAGGAUUUCUAUGAUCAUGCUGACCUCAGUACACUGGAGCGGAAGGGAGGGAAAGUAACGCCAACUCACUUCUUUAAGGUGAUAAUUGUGGAGAAUAAAGAUGGGACAGUAAAAGAGCCUGAAUGCUAUGUGAUGCCCAAAGUGAAUACAGAUGAUGUAGCUGUUGAAAAAUUUGACAAAAAAAACAUUGUAAAAAUCAAGCAUCGUGAGUAUAUUAAGACAAUAGAGAAACUCUCUGGGCUGAAAUUCAGAGAAGAAACCCCCCCCAAUGUGGUAACGAAGGACUGUAUAAAGACAAUUACAGGAGAAGGAGAAAAAGGAGAGUCAUGUAGUGCUAAAAUAAAAGUCAGAAUAAGUUAAAAAAAAUGAUGAUACCAGGACCGUCCCUGUCUAAUAUCCUUGUUAACUCUACUGUUAUAAUAAACGCUUUAUGGUGAUGUUU